AUGCAGAAGAUCUUUGAUAUGGAAUGCGUUGCCAAGCACAUCCCAAUCCAGUCGCCUGCCAUGAACGUGCCCAUGACCAGCUCCAAUGGGUUAAUUCUGGAUUUGUGGAUGCUGAGUUUUGCAGAGAGUGCCAAGUAUGGCUUGAUGGGCCGAUGGCCAGCCAAUCACCAAGUCCGUGCUCACUUUCCCUCGUUUCUGAACCGGGGGUAUGAGGCACACCGUGGAAGCCUAGAGAUCAAGUUUGACAUGACAACUGUGGAGGCUGACAGGUCAGGCAUCACAGAGGAUGCUUUGUCUGAAGAUGAAGGUAUGGCAAAAACAAUUGCCACUUUCCGCUACAUCAAGUGCAACUUCACAAAGCAUGCCAAGGCUGAGGACUUCCUGUAUGAAACACUUUGCCAGGCCCUUGGCCUGGCCAAUCGCACUGCCGAGAAGACAAAGCCCUCUGCCUUGGAUAUGAUGCUGCUUUUCAAGGAGACAGUGAGGAUCAAGCAAUCUGCCCCACAGGCUCGCAAGAGUGCCCUUCGUGAUGUCCUAUAUGGGUGCAUAGCUGACUACAACAAGACUGGCUGGAGGGUGACUGACUCCAUGCGACGGUUGAUCUACAACUUGCUUCGAUGUCCCAGUGGGCUUUGGGAAGCUUUGAAAAUCUGCUACAGUGAAUCGAAGCCUGAGCAUGCAGCCAUGACUAUGGAGAACAUGGAGGGUGACUACUUUGUCCCUGGGACCGAGCUUUUGGAGAAUGUGCCAAAGAUUUGGAAGGAUAUCCAGGAGAUACUCACCUCUUUCGGCUCUGGCAUCCGUCGCCCUGACAGCGAGCGCAUCAUGCUGUGGGUGAACUAUGUUGCUGCAGGUGUAGUGCCUGGAAAGAAGAUCCUCUUCACUGUGGAACAAGUCCAACAAUUCCUGCAUGCCUUCCCAAGGACUUCCGUUGCUUUUGUGCUUUUGCCAAACAGGGCACAAGAUUUGCGGAAAGAAGAGAAGGAUGAGGCAGAUGAAGACAGAGAGGAGGAUGAUCAGGGUGCAGUCCGCCCAGUGUCUGUCUUCUUCGAGCCCACGACUGUCUAUGGCACCAGAGAAGGAUAUCAUUCUGCCCUCAUGAUCACCAGCAAAGACAAGGGAAACUGCUUCUUGAAGAGUGCUCUCUACAAGAGUGGCGUGGUCUCUUCAGUGAGCAUGCUGCCAAGGAAUGAAAUGAUGAAGGUGGAGCGCAACAAUGGCCGCUUCGCAACAGAUGGCCGUUUGACACGGGUGCAGGACACAUCCAAUGUGGUGAUUGAUCUGUUGGGCUUCGAUGGCUGGCCAGCAUCAUAUGCCAUGGGACAGUUGGCAGGCAAGAAGUGGGCAUGCUCAACUGCAUGCCACAGCCACACUGACACUGCCUAUUGUGCGUCGGUGGUUGGCCAGAAAGCUUACUCGAUGUGCAGAAGUGGAUCGCUCAAGUUGCCAGGGUUUCCAUGCUUUGAAAGCGUGGUGCAAGAUCUGAAGAACAGUGCCAAUGAAGUAGCCAUGCCAGACUUCCAAGUUUGCGUUGCAGUGCCAAAUGGUCUGGCCAUCAAGCAGAACCUGGUGGACUACUGGUCUGGCAUUGACACAUUCCAGUUGCAGGUGGCUGACUUGGUGGAGGCCCACAACAAAAAGUACAAUCCACAUGGCAUCAAGCGUGGAGCAUCUGAUGCGGCUCCGUCAGGGGGCAGCAGCGAUGCAGCCACAAGUGAGUCCAAGAGGAUCCGCAUCGAUAGUAGUGUCAAAGUGGCUGAACAUGAGGCAAACAUUGCUGACAAGCUUGCACUGUCGUGUGGGGGCUUUCGCUUGGUGUAUGACUCUCAGCAAGAGUCCCUGUGGAUUUGUGGCAAUGACAACAGGAAGGAAAGCUUCCAGGUGAAGGGGCCAAUCGAAUUGUUUGGCUUUGGAUCAGGCGAUUUUGUUGAGGGUCCUGAAGCAAUGGAUGUGCAAAGCGAUGUGACAGGGCGUUGGCUUGGCUACAAAAUUGCCCUAGCCUCUGAGUUCUGCAUCUUGGAACCUGACCGUCGCCUGCCCCAACAUAUAAAGGCAUUGGACAUUUGGGGCAAGGUGCUUGGGUACAAAUGA